AGGCAAGGCACGGCGGCGUGUUGUGAAGCGAGUUCAUUCAUCUUUUUCCUCCUAUUGCCGCCGCUGUGACGAGUUAAAUAAGCUCGGGCUCGGUCCGACGCCUCGUCAUCGCGAUAUAAUAUAAGUUAACGUGAAGUUACUCCGCGACCAUUGCUAGUGGCAGACGCUCGGCGGCGCUACGCCUCACCGCCCCACAGAAUAUUGACAUUUCCAUCUGUGAUAUAACGAUAGCGAGAUAUCUCAACAUUUUAGGUUAAUUCAUUAGCCGGUAACACCCGUACGAUCAGUGCAUUUCCUAUAACCUAGCUCGCGUGUUAAAGUGAACAUUUUAAAGCUCGACAUUGACCAUGGAGAACACGAUGGCUUACGAUUUGGACAUAACCCCGAAUUAUUCGUACAUUUUCGAGUUCGAAAACGAUUUUAUUCACCAUAAUUAUAGACAGUGGAUGGCGGAAAACUGGACUGUAGCAUUUUACUAUGUUGGGGUCUACAUGGCUUUUAUUUUUGGCGGUCAACAUUACAUGCAGAACCGGCCCAGAUUCGAGCUACGGCGGACUCUGAUAGUAUGGAACAGUGCAUUGGCACUGUUCAGCAUCAUGGGCGCGUGCCGCACUCUACCGGAGUUCGUGCACGUGCUGCGAAACCACGGUGUCUACCACUCCAUUUGUGUGCCAAGUUUCAUCGAGCAAGACAAAGUCUCCGGGUUCUGGACAUGGAUGUUCGUACUAUCCAAACUCCCCGAGCUCGGCGACACGGUGUUCAUUGUGCUUCGUAAGAAGCCGCUGAUCUUCCUUCAUUGGUAUCAUCAUAUCACCGUCCUGCUCUACUCCUGGUACUCCUUCACCGAGUACACCUCUUCUGCGCGUUGGUUCGUCGUUAUGAACUACUGCGUUCACAGUGUCAUGUACUCGUACUACGCUCUAGUAAGUAUGGGCAAGUACCCACCCAAGUUCCUCGCCAUGACGAUCACCUUCCUGCAGCUGACGCAGAUGAUCGUGGGCUGCUGCAUCAAUAUCUGGGCCCACAACUACUUGGCCACCGCGCCUCCCGGCAGCUGCGGCAUCAGCCAAAUGAAUAUCAAGCUCUCAAUGGCCAUGUACUUUUCAUACUUCGUCCUCUUCGCAAGAUUCUUCUACAAAGCCUACCUCGCGCCUAAAGGAGGCAAAAAAACCAAGACCGAGCCCAUCAACGAUAUUCCAGUGGAGAAAUUAGAGAAGAAGAUGGUGAACGGCUUCCCCAGACAAAGGAAUGGCGUCGCGGUGCACUAGUCUGCCACCUUGUGAUAUGUCAUAGGUAUAUUGUACAGGUUAUGGAUGUUAAUUGUCGUGAUUGGGACACGCUUGCCAAUACGAGUUCAUCACUAUCGUAUUUUAAUAUGCGAAUUCAGCGCUCGACUCAGAAGUGAAAGGCUACAGAAGCGGCCACUUCCUCAGUCGAUGCUUUCUUUUAUUAUAAUAUCAUGUUUUAUUUGUACAGAUAGGCUUUUUUACUUCCUAUUUACUUUUUUAAUUCUUUUAUGCGUAAUCUACGGAAACUUUAACACUUUUCUUGGUGUUACUGAGGUUCUAAUAUCAUGAAUCGUUUAUUGGUAAGUGGUCCAAGUCAUACCGCGUUUCAGAGCGCCCCACGCGUCACAUUCCACGCUAGUUCUUACGUCCGCUUAUCCAGCUUACGUUUUUUGUUUUGCAGCGGGGGCGUUCUAUACUUGUGCUUUUAUAUAGGUUCAUGUCUAAGACAAGCAAUGGGAGAGUUACACAUUUUUUUUAAGAAGAUCCUAAGUUCUAUUAUCUAUUAGAUUAAGUAGGUUAGUGACGCUUAGUGACUUUGUCGAUAUAUAUAAUAUAGAAUUUACAGUUUUGAGCUGAAUUUGAUUUGACUAGUUGCUAAAUUAACUAGUGAAUCGUUAGAAUGCAUACAAUGAAUAUCGCCUUUACACCUCCCUAUCUCGCUUGAUAUCGACCUAUGUAAAAUCGAAAGUACCUUUGUUGAUGUUAAUCGUAUUUAUUACUUAAAAAUGAGUGAUUUUUUAAAGUAAUUUAUUUGUAAAAAGCUAGUUUCCUGUACAGUGUGUUGAGGAGUGGCCUACGAGGGCCGGUUACAGUGAAAUGCUUGUCAAACAAGCGCACAAAGUGUAUUGACAUGUAAUUCCAGAUAGCGGAAUAACCAAUACUGUUCGGUGAAUUUACAAUCGGGCCGAGAUUGAAAGUAAUAACGAUGGUGUACUUUGGGGAUGGCCGAUUGUGAAUGCGGCAAUAAGUCCAAUACAUUAGAAAUAGAUUGACGCCAAUUAAAAUCAUUGAAAGCAAUAAUUAUAUCUACUUACAAAAUGCUGCAGUCGUCCAUCUCUAAAAAACUUAAUCGACAACUUAAAAAGAUUUCUUUUUUUAGACUAAAUUAUGUAAGUGUUCGAUUAAAUGCUCUUUAGCAGGAGCAUGUAUGAGAGUUCAAAUUAUAUUAGAAUCCGAUUAAAUGUUGGUGCAUUUGAGAGGUUUUCGUAAAAUGUAAAUUUUUGUAGAGCCGCUGACGUGUUAUCGUGAGGAUGUCAACUUUUUAUGCCAGAGACUAGUAGAAGAAGUUUGAACGUCGAACUCUUCGGUUCAAAAAGGUGACGACUCUAAACCACUGCUUGACUUUUGUGCGAGUCACAUGUGUCAUGUUACCUCAGAGUAAACGCUGCGCUACUUAGAAGUGGUCGGGUUGUUUGUAGAUAUUAGACUUAGUCACAAAUUAGCUUGAUAAUUAUUGUAUUUGGGCUGAGGAAAAAGUACCGAACGAAUGUCCAUGACGUUGGAAUAAUUUAAUGGUUUUAAAAAUAACCGUCGGUGUGUAAGGACAGGUUCCGAAACUUCUAUGUGGCGAAAAUGUUUUUUAUAAUGUCGCAGAAAUCCGAAUAAAGCGGAUUGCAUUUACUUAAACUUCAAUUAAUACUCAUAGAGUGGAUUAUACCUCCGUCUGAAAACGCUGGAAUUAUUAAAAAUAAAAGGUAAGAAUUCAAAACAAAAUAGUUAUAUUUUUAUUAAAAAUCGUAGUAAAUUAAUUACACUACGUUACACUUCGGUUACAUUUCCGAGUUUCAGCUGAGGUAUUCUCAAUUCUUAUGUAUUCAAUUUCUUGAAAGUUAGGUUAUAUCUGCGUAUUUAGAUUACACAUAAGACAUCGAGCAAGGCGUGAAACAGUUAGUGGUUGAACUAAUGAUAAGAUUGUUAAACCAAUUAUGCAUUUUGGACGGUUCAAAGUCAUUCCAUUAUUCCAAAUGUUUGCAUAUUUUAGAUUUUUAAAAUCAAGGGCACAUUACGUAGGCCGGGGGUUCUGUUUUGAAUCAAUCAACUAACACCACCGCCUGACCCAAUUAGAAGAUGUAGAGAAUAUCGACGACUUUGUUAAACUAAAGAUAAUUUUACAGGAUUAGUGCCAUUAAUCGAUAAACAGUGGUGGUUUCAUAAGGAAGUAUAAUUCAAAAGUGAACGUUCUUUUUGACCUAAUUAGUUCGUACAAAAAGUUCGUUAAAUUUAAAUAUAAGGAUGAAAUGACAUAAAUGUGGUGUUAGUUCACUGAUUCAAAAUAGAACCCCGGCAUUACGUAAUGUGACCUUGACGAGCAUUUAGUUACCGCUUCGAAAAUUACAUUAAAUUAAAUUUAAAAAAUUCUGUUGCGUUCGCAUCAUAGAGGUUUACCCCGUUUUCCGCUAACCGACUUGGUAAUGCGUAUGCAAUCAGCAUUAUUCAGCACAAGUCAAUUAUGUCUAGUGACCGAAAAUCUAGAAUUCACAGUUAUUAUGUAGGUAUUUCAACUAGGCUGUUAUAUAAUUGGUAUUUGUCUACAAGUGACAUAAAUAAUUUCGAUGACAAUUACACAUAUUAUUUAUUUACGUAUUACAACGCUCUUGUAGGAUAACACAUUUAAGUUUGAAAAUGAAUAUUUUUUCUUUUAUAGUUCAGAUUCAGAUUCAAUGACUUUAUCAUCUCGAAAAAACAGACUUCUGACAAAAGACAGAACAGAGGUGUGUGUCAGGAACAAAUUUCCCGCGAAAAAAUGUCAAAAAGUUAAAUUAUUGAAGAAAAAUCUAAGAUAUGGCAGUAUGGUUUAGACGCCUUAGCCUGUCCCCAAGGACGAAAAAUUGUACUACUACGAAAAUAUAAUCAGUACAGAGUACUAAAAAAAACCGACCUCAAAAGUCAUUCAUCCCCCAGUUUGCGGAAUAUUUUCUUCCAAUUUAAGUGGGACCACUUCGGAGGUAUCUUCUUUCCAACAAAAAAAUAAUCAUCAAUCGGUUCAGAAGUACCGGAGUUAUCGCGUAACAUACAUACAAAAAUAAACCAUAUAAUCUGAAUUUAAAAUCGCCUCCUUUUUUUGAAGUCUGUUAAAAAGUAGUUAUUAUUGUUAUUUUUAAAUAUUAUUUGUGAUUUGUGACAAAAGAAUUGCACAUUGUAUCUGCUAGAGCUAGGUUUUCGCGUUCAUAUGGAAAGUUUUAUGUCAUUUGUAGGUAAAUCCGUUUUAUGGUUAGUAAUGUCCAAUCCGAUGCUUUAUAGUAAUUAUAUUUCUGUUUCUCACUAAAGCAUUUUUUUAAAUAACGAUGUUGCUGUCCUAUUUUUUUGUACUACUCUUAAGGACAUAGGUAGUUAGUUUUUUAAAAUAAAAUUUUAAUGAAAAGAAGAUAAUUUCAACAAAUGACGGUGAUCGAAAGAAACCACUCC